UCCCCCCCCCCCCACCCACAGAUGCAAUAGCUUUAAAGGUGGGAAGGGGAAGUGCAGCACACGUCCAGCUCCCCUUCAGCUUACCUAAACUUCAAUAGCGUAGGCAGCUUCGACUGUUUUUUUUUACAGCUUUCGUCUCAUAGAUAUCGAGCUAUCCAGCUAUCCGCCAGCCUGCUCCGCCCUCCGUCCUUGCAGGACCAUCGUCCUCGUCCUACUCCUUCGUCCUUACAAACGGCCCCCAGCCUGAACUCCGAUCCCAUCCUCCCAAAGCCUUACCGCCCAAUCUCCACACCAUGGCCGAGAAACCGUUGGAACGCUUCUACAAUGAGUGGCCUAAAGAUUCUGCGGCGAGGUCAACGUUUGGUGCUUGGGACAGAUCUGCUACUCCCCCUACUCCCCCUAUUCCUGCCCCCGCUCCUAAUUCCGCUCCUGCUGGUGGCUCUACUCGUGCCAGUACCGGUGCCCGUGCCCGCGCCCGCACCCGCACCCGCACCCGCACCCGCGCUGCUGCUCGUGCUUGUGCUCCUGCCGCCGCCCCUCCUGCUGCGGUUCCUGCCGCUACCCAUACCACUGCCCCUCCGCAGAUCGCUUCGGCCCAGGAAAGAGGGACGCCCGUCGAGAACAGAUGUCCGGUCUUGGACAAGGCCAAAUCCAGCAUGGGAUUCAAUCGGAAGGAUUCGGCACGCCAGUGCUGGCAAGUAAACUCAGAUGCCGUCGGUCUCCUGGAGCACUGUAGGGAAAUCCACAAAUUCAUCUGCCCGAUUUGCGAGCUCCGAUUGGACCGGCAAGGCCCACAAUCGGUAGCUCUGGGUAGCGUCUUUUUCGACGAAAUCAAUUACGCCAGAGCGCACGUCCGCUGUAUCCACCUAAAGCCCUGGUUCUGCGGCUGCGGUAAACGAUUCGGCGCCGCCGCGAAGUUGAAUCAGCAUUUGAAGCAUUCGGGCUGCCCUAUCAGACUAAACAAAUUCUUUAGCUCGCAGAUGGAACUGUUAAACAAGGAUUUAAAGGAUGCGAAGACUACUGAGGAUUUACGUUCGAUUCUGUUGCCGAAUGGCGAGCCAAUCUACGAUUAUACCGGUGGCCCGGAUGCAAGAGUUGAUAGUCUGUCUGUCUCCGACAGCCUUGCUCGUGGAUAACUGACGUUUCCCAGUGCCACCGCCACCGCCGCCGCCGCCGGCGGCCUUGCUCUCGGCUUCAUUUAAGCGGGCUGAUGAGAAUGCGCAGCCACAGCUGUCGGCCUUCCCCGAAGAG